UGAGUUGGCCACGGAGCUGCGCGGACCUGCGUGAGAGCUGAGGCAGAGAGAGAGAGAGAGGCAGCUUCAGCGUCGUGUGUGGAGCUCCAGGAGCAGCACACAGAGAGAGAGACACAGAGACACAGAGAUCUGAGAGAUCCAUCCCAAACACGAGACUUCCUCCUGCUUCUGUUUUUUACGCUUUCCUUUUUCUUGCAUUGGAGAGGAAACAGCGCGCGAGGCUGACUGCGGGUAAAUCCAUUUCCUCAUCCAGACCUGGGAAUUACAAUGAAACAUGUAGGUGACACAUUUCCUUUUUGCACAAGAAGACUGGACUGACCAGAGCAGGGUAACACACAUAAAAAAAAAAUAUGGUGACGACUGCAGGAGCUGCAUCCUCUCUGUGGAGUCCCUGCGUAAAAGAAAAACAGAUUGAACGCCGUUGAUGUCAUGAACCUGUGAGAGAAAAGAAGACUUGGAAGAGCCAGGAUCUCUACAGGACUGUCCCUGCACCGUAUGGAGGACUACUUGGGGAUUUUCUCUGCUGCUUUUUGAGCUCCUCACAAACUAUCCCUCCUCCUUUUUUCAAUAUUUUUACCUCCUUGUCAUCGUUGGAACAGAGGUUGCAGACCUCAACUCUUUUUUGCCAAACAGACUACGUCAAGAGAAGAAGCAGAAACACCUGAAACAUGUCCAUCACUCAAUCAGACGAAGAAGAGUUUAUUUAGUCAUUCAGCUUAAUUUCCCUCCUGCUCACACAUUACAACAUCCUGCAUCCCAUUAAAGUCAUAUUUAAUCACCUCAGCAUAUUGAAGGGGAAUUCCAGAAAGCAGAACAACCGUAAAACUUAAUAUCCAUCGUCUUCUGGUCAGUGUUUGUAUAGCUGCUGCUCUUAAUGCUGAAGCUGAGACGGGCUUCUCACGAGGACGAUGAUCAGUGCAUUAUUGGUUCCAAGUGCUUUAUGAACCCCCCGGAUGAUGGUUGCGCACAUGCUCAUUAGUGAGUGACAGGCAACACAACCACAACGUCUCAACUGAAAGAUUUAGGCGCCACCAACACCAACACUUCUGCUGCUGCUGCUGCUGCUUCUGCUGCUAUCUCCCAGGCUUAGAGAUAAACCGUCGUCUGAGUCUGCGCUGUGAAACACUGCUGACACUUUCUCCUUCUUCCAGUCUCGCUCUUUUGUUCUGUUUCUUCCACACGUGGCGCCCACUUACGCCGCGCUGAAACCCCCCCUUUAUCUAAUCCCAGUGACCUCUUUUAAAUCUUUUUGCAUUCUUCCUUUUACUGAAAACAUGCAACUCAAAACCUUUCACUGUUUGUCUCGUGACAUAAGAUCAAGGUUGUAAAAAAAAUAGAGAAGCCAUACUGAACACCAGCCAUACGAAGCUGUCACAUCCUGUCACGAUGUUCAAGAGCUGAUCACAUGACGAAAACGGAGUCCAGACGGAACCUGACGAUUUUCUGCUCGUCUUUCUAGAAACGUAAAUCCGUGACUCAUCGGCGUACGUACGGUUUCAAGCGUGGCAAGUGAACGCGACCGCGCCAGGUUCCCCGUCAUCGUCCUGUGUUCCUCUGCGCUGACGGAUGAAUCCGGACAUUUUCAUGUCUGUUCUGUGGGCAGAACCUCGCUGCCCUGCUAGAACCGGGCCCAAGCCCUCUUUCGUUCUCUUCUGUUGGGCCAAGCUAAAUUCAGAGCAAAGACACUCACACAAGGGUUUCGAACGCACAUAAAUCCUCCUUUUUUUUUUUCUUUUCUGUCUUUUUCUAUAAUUUCUCCCUGCUUUCAUCACUCUUCUGUGAAUGCCUUGACAUGCUUGUUGACUGAAGUUCCCAGAAGGUCUUCUUUCUACGGACUCAGUGCUGCUGAUUCGUUAAUCUAGCAGCUCCUUUAUCGUCCGCAGCUUCUGAAUUUGAACUGUAAAAACCAAACUCUCAAGCAAACCGACCUUUACUGACUCUUCCUCUUAAACUGUGCGAACGAGAGAGCGUGUUUAUCGUGAGCGUAAUGUAGAAGGAACACAACUUUCAGUCGCAGCUCGUGCCAAAACUUUAGACCGACUUCCUCUCGGCUUGUUCGCUAAACAAAAAGCCGCCGGCGCUGUUGUUUACAGACAAACAGAGCUAAAACAUUUGAUUUGACUUUUCAAAGUCUAUAUUUUCAUGUAUGAUUUUACACAACAGGACUACAGAAGUGCCAACCUCCAACGACAACACACCCGACAUCUGUUGCAGCUCAUAAAACGAAGUUUACAUACAAGCGCUAAAUGUUUACAGACUACAUUUUCCAUCGCAGUGUUUUCGUACGUGAAUUGUAACAUUCGUGCCAUAAAACUUUUCACCGGGAGAUAAAAGACUUUUACUUUGAAGGGGUCAUUUUAUUAAGAGUUUACACACAUUCAUGUUGUUUACAGAAAAUGUAAAAAAAAACAAAAACUGCCUAUUUUGAAGAUUUCAACCUUUUUGGCCAACGGACUGUAAAAAAAAAACGCAGACAGACCAAAUUAAGUAUCAGACACCUGCUGCCAUAAAACACAUUCUUCUAUAUUUAUAAUUGAUUUUUGAUUCUAUUGAUUAUUUCAGAACGAGAGCCAUUUCACAGGCAGUUCGCUUAGGGCCUAAAAACUCUGAAAGACCUCAAUGUUUACAAAAGCUGCUCGAGAGAAGGAUUUGUACACGGAGAGAAAUGUUUACAUUCGAUGAGAGAGUGAAACGCCAAACACCUUCAUGAUACAUCGCUUGAACUCCAAGAGGAAACCUUCGCCCCUGUGCAGGAUUACGUCAUCAGACUGGAGUUAAACUUUUCAUACAAGACUGUUUUUUAAACGGAGAGGCGACCAUCUUGAAAUUGGACGCUUCACAAGCUGUUGAUGUGACUUCCUUUUUUUUUUUGUAUCAUCUUGAGAACUUUAGGAUAAAACAAUGAAACCCACAUCUUCAAGAGGGAUGUUUUGCUUGUCCCUUCUCCUCCUGCUCGUUUCCUCCUGCGUCGCUGUUUCCACAGUGGCCAUCACUACAGAGCGGCGUGCUGUCGAUGGCGAUGUCAGGACUCUGACCGGCAGCAGUAGCUCGGCUGCAGCCGGUAGAAAAAGCACCACCUUGUUCCUCUUAACGGGCUACAAACCUCCACUCCCCCCGCUGCCAGCCGGGCCCAAAGUGGCUCCCAAAGCGGCCGAGGUGGAGGACGGGGAUGACCACCGGCCAGUGAUGGCAGAGCUCCCUCCGAAGCCCCUCCCCCAGACCAUGUUGCCAAGGAACAUGACGGCCGACGCCCUGAAGCCCCCGCUCGGUGCAGCACAGGUGGCGCCACCACCGAGACAGCUGGUGGAUGUGGAUGUAUGCAGGGGUUACUAUGAUGUCAUGGGGCACUUCGACACCACCUUCAACUGCUCCAAAGGCAGCUACAUCUACUGCUGCGGCACCUGCCACUACCGGUUUUGCUGCGAGCACCAGAGGAACCGGCUGGACCAGGAGUCCUGCAACAACUACAUCUCCCCCGUGUGGGCCGACCCGCAGACAACGGUCACCGUGCCUGCGAGCAAGCCCGACCCGGACUUUGAGACGCUGCAGCAGCAGAACAGCAGCACGGCCUACGUGAUCGGAGGGGUGAUCUCCUUCACUCUCGUGGUGGCUGUAGGCGUGAGGAUCGCCUUCAGCAAGGUGGCUCGCCGACCUCGAAACAGAGACAUCAACAUGCCCAGAUCACUGGUGGAUAUCUUGCGUCACCAGUCGAGCCCGGUGCAGCAGGGAGAGAGGAACAACUCGUCCAUGUUGGCCAGCACCACGUCAGACGGACGGUCGAAGAACCACUACACCCCCAUCCUGCAGAGCAAAGACAACCGCAAGCGUGGCCCCCGUAUGAACAACACCCCCCAGCUCUCGUCCGGGCCCAAGCUCAUUUCCAGCAGCGUCAAAGGCCCCGGCAGCGGAGGCGGCAGCAGCAUCUUUGGAGGGGGAAUGAGACACAACAGCAGCCACCCCUCCUUCUCUCACUCCUUCCACAACCUGGCCCAGCUGCCGCCGUCCUACGAGCUCGCCAUGAAACCCGAGAUCAGCCGCUACAGCUCCCUGAAGAAACUGGAGAAAGAGCUGGACGAGUACUCGAGCUACUACAACUCCAAACGUCGCUCCACCAACGCUCCUCCCUCCUUCCACUCAUCCUCACACCACCUGCCGUACCCGUCAGAGUACACGCCAGGAUCCAGAGGCACGCUGCCCCUCAACGGCACCCGGCCGCCCCGCACCCACAUCCCCUCCACCCCGAACCCGUACCCGCUGCCGGGCCAGUCGCAGUACACCAGCUCCAGCUUCGACCGGCCGCCCCGCCGCGUCCGCUCCCAGGACCAGCUGCUGGGAUACAUCGAGGGCAACUCGCUGUCCCGCCUGUCAAAGAACCAGCAGCACCAGUACUACAAAGCCAUGUACGGCAGCAGGAGCAACAAUUCGCAGACGCUCCGCAGGUCCCAUGAAAGGCUUCUGGUGUCACCUGACUGUCUGGAGGACCAGCUGAUGGCGAUGGGUCUGAUCAUCGGAGGAGGCGAACGGAGCGGCAUGGUGCCCACCAUGGGCCGCCUGAGCCACCACCAGAAGGCCCAGUCACAGCAGAACAUCUGCGUCACGCCGUCCAUGGACCGCCACCACAUGAUCAAGAUGAACUCCCACCCGACGCCGAGUCACGACCGCGACCGCAGCACCACCGUCAUGCAGGGGAUGGGCAUGCACGGGGGCUGGGACCCGCACGGGGGCCACCCCAACGCCCGGCGGAUGGCUUUCGCCAACAAGAGGCAGAACACCAUCGAACAGCUGCACUUCAUCCCCGGAGGAGGGGGGGUGCAGGGACUGCGGACUGGGAGUAAGAACGAGGUGACAGUUUGAGAAGAGGAGGAGGGAGGAUGAAAAGAGAGAGUAGAGAGGCUGAAGUUGUAAAGAAGCUGAAGAGGCAGAUGAGGCAUUUAGAGGGAGAAGAGGAGCAGGAAAGAGGUUUGAUCUCAGCUGGCUGCCUCACCCUGAGCAGCAAACAGCCCCCCCCCUCCCCUCCCCUUCAUCAGAGAAGAAUCUCAAAGCGAGUAUAGCCAAUUGAUUUUCUCUUCGUCACUUUGUGUGUUGAAAAGAGAAUAUUCAGCCAUUCUUUGUAAAAGGGAAGACAGAAAUGUCCACUUUAAAAGAGCAAAAAAUAUCACACGAGUGCAGAGUGAAGGCUGCCGGGUGUUCGCUGUGACUUUUAUUGAAGGAUACCCGUUGAGACAGAUUUGUCGAAUCGUCCUUGAGUUUUAUUGCACUGUCCUCGGAGUCCUCCAGAGCUCUGACAGAGAUUCAUCUGUCUUUGAAUCCACUGUGGAUGAAAAGAGAGCGGUGAGGCCGAGGCAGACAGGGUUUGCUUGUCUUUGUAUUUAUAAGUAUUUAAAAACCAAACAAGUUGCUUUUGUAUGGAAUUAACCUGAUAACAAUAAUACUAGUAUUAACAUAACUGAGCCCUGUAAGACUUUGUGUAUACUUGGUUUAAAAUGUAUUUAUCCUUAAACCAGCCAGUUUGUAAUUUAAAGGCUGGACAUGUGACCUGCCCGUUGUGAUUGGAUUAUAAUGAAAGCAAAUCUGCAAAAAACAAAACAGCUUA